AUGGAAAUUUCGGUGCACACUUGGAAAGUUAGACAAGAUGACGGUCGAGGAGGAGGAGGUGGUGGAGAAGAUAUAGGUGGAGGGGGAGGUGGUGGUCGAGGGGGAGGAGGUGACGGAGGAGGAGGUGGUGGUGGAGAAGGUGUGAUAGGUGGAGGGGGAGGUGGUGACGGAGGGGGAGGAGGUGGUGUAACAGGUGGAGGGGGAGGUGGUGGCAAAAGGGGAGGGGGAGUAAGUGGUGUAACAGGUGGAGGAGGUGACAAAGGUAAAAUCGGUGGUUGUAAAGGAGGUAAUGAUGGUGAGUUCGGAGGUGACAAUGGAGGUAAUGUUGAGGGCGGCAAAAGAGGUGGUAAGUUAGGAGGAGAUAAUGGUGGUGAGAUCGGAGGUGACAACGGAGGUAAGAUUGAAGGUGGAAAUAACGGUGGUGUUUCAGGAGGGGAUAAUGGUGGUGACUCCGGAGGUGACAAUAAUGGUGGAGUGAUAGGAGGUGACAAUGGGGGUAACAUUGAGGGUGACAAUGGAGGUGGGGAGACAGGAGGUAUCAAUGGUGGUAAGUCAGGUGGUGACAUUAGAGGUGGAAAUAAUGGUGGUAAGACCCAAGGGGACAAUGGAGGUAAGGAUGAAGGUGGGAAUAAUGGUGAUGAAUCAGGAGGGGAUAAUGGUGGUGAGGUUGGAGGUGACAACGGAGGUAAGGUUGAAGGUGGAAAUAACGGUGGUGUUUCAGGAGGGGAUAAUGGUGGUGACUCUGGAGGUGACAAUAAUGGUGGAGUGAUAAGAGGUGACAAUGGGGGUAACAUUGGGGGUGACGAUGGAGGUGGUGAAACAGGAGGUAUCAAUGGUGGUAAGUCAGGUGGUGAUAAUGGUGGUGACAUUAGAGGUGGAAAUAAUGGUGGUAAGACCACAGGGGGUAAUGGAGGUAAGGAUGAAGGUGGAAAUAGUGGUGAUGAAUCAGGAGGGGAUAAUGGUGGUGAGGUCGGAGGUGACAACGGAGGUAAGGUUGAAGGUGGAAAUAGCGGUGGUGUUUCAGGAGGGGAUAAUGGUGGUGACUCUGGAGGUGACAAUAAUGGUGGAGUGAUAAGAGGUGACAAUGGGGGUAACAUUGGGGGUGACGAUGGAGGUGGUGAAACAGGAGGUAUCAAUGGUGGUAAGUCAGGUGGUGAUAAUGGUGGUGACAUUAGAGGUGGAAAUAUUGGUGGUAAGACCACAUGGGGCAAUGAAGGUACGGAUGAAGGUGGAAAUAAUGGUGAUGAAUCAGGAGGGGAUAAUGGUGGUGAGAUCGGAGGUGAUAACGGAGGUAAGGUUGAAGGUGGAAAUAUUGGUGGUGAGUUAGGAGGGGAUAAUGGUGGUGACUCUAGAGGUGACAAUAAUGGUGGAGUGAUAGGAGGUGACAAUGGAGGUUGUGAGAAAGGAGGUAUCAAUGGUGGUAAGUCAGGUGGUGAUAAUGGUGGUGAUAUUAGAGGUGGAAUUAAUGGUGGUAAGACCAGAGGGGAGAAUGGAGGUAAGGAUGAAGGUGGGAAUAGUGGUGAUGAAUCAGGAGGUGAUAACGGUGGUGACUUUAGAGGUGGUAAUAAUGAUGGUGGGAUAGAAGGUGAUAAUGGAGGUGAGAUUGGAGGAGAUAAUGGAGGCAAUAUUGAUGGUGACAAUAAUGGUGGUGAGACCGGAGGUAAUGGAAAAAGUGGUGGUGGUCUAGUAGGGGGUGGUGGUGGCCUGGUAGGAAGUGAUGGUGGUGGUGGUGAUAGUCUAAUAGGAGGUGGUGGUGGUGGUGAUAGUCGAAUAGAAGGUGGCGGUGGUCUAAUAGGAGGUGGAGGUGGUGGUGAUAGUCUAAUAGGAGGUGGCGGUGGUCUAAUGGGAGGUGGUGGUCGUCGGAAUGGAAAUUGUGGGAUGGUAAGUGGUGGGACGGGAAGUGAUGGUAUCGGAAAGGAAAGGUUGUUUGAACUAACCAUGGGAAAGAAAAGGAGGGAGAGGGUAAGGAGAAGGGCGACGGGUGCCACCACACCCUUUGAAGCCAUUUUCCUUCCUAUUUUCCCUUGUGGCUUUAACACGUGA